GAUGAUGAGCAAGCCUUAAAAGCAUCUUAUGUGGAUCUUCGAAGUAUGGUGCGGAACACCCUACUUGACGCAUCAAACAAAGCUAUUGAGCUACAAGCAGUGAAUCCAGAAGAAGCAUACAGUGGGGAGUUAAGGGCAAAUGAUGUUCAGAACAGAAGGGAUGAAAUUGCGUCUACUUCUAAAAUAGGUACCAAGCAUACUAGUAUUGAGGGAAAUGAGAAAAUUGCCACGUUGAAUAAGCAUCAGAAACCUUCAUGCUUGAAGGAAAAGGAAGUAAAUCAAAAUGGGCAGGAUGGACGUGCAAAGAUGGCUUCCUUGGAGAAGGUUCCUGAUAUUCCACCUGACGGGAAAAACUACUCCACACAAAACAAUAGCAGCUCAGCUUCUCUUCCUAGAGCUAGUCUUAUGGAGAGAAACCCAACUGCCCAUACAUUGGAGUGGACAGAUUCACCACGUCCGGAAGGGAGAAUUCAUUUACAUAGCCCAACAAGGGAACCUGUUUCACCUUUGAAUUUGAUUGGUGAUAAAAGAUAUGCUAAACGAAGGAAAGUGAGGAAAUGGACUUUGCUGGAAGAAGAGACUUUGCUAAAGGCUGUGAGAGAGCAUGGUAAAGGGAACUGGAAAACCAUCCUGAUUUGUUACCCUAGCAUUUUUGAAGAAAGAACUGAGGUUGAUCUAAAGGAUAAAUGGAGAAACAUGACUAGAAGUAGCUGGCCAUCUUGAUUUUAGCCCUUCUCUCUCUCUCUCUCUCUCUCUCUCUCUCUCUCUCCUUUUGUAAAGAAUGGACAGUUUUACGAGGUUUUAUUAAUAUGACCUGGAGGGCUGGACUCCUGCUAUCGGA